CUUCUGAGAUGGCUCACCUCCGAUCAUUGCAUGUGUCCGUCGGCAUACUGGGCAUCUCUGGCGGCUCUCUUCUGCUUUUGGUAAAUGACUAUGCCAGCUCACCUGAAAAAGACCUCAUCCCCAACACUGCACUGGGGAUACUGCUGCUCAUCAUCGCAGCCCUCUUAGCUUACGCAGGUAUUGGUCACAGUCUGUCCCACGCCCAGCUGUUUUCCUGUCUGUGUCUGACUGUGUCCGCCCUGUGGUGUGGUUCAGGUCUGGUGUACAUCCUGGUGGGGCAGGGAGUGCUGCAGCCCACAGAGCUGAGAUCUGCUCUGGUUCCAGGCCUCGCAGCAUUUACUUUGGCCCUGCUCAUCAUAGGCAUCGUAGCAGUCAUAGUAAAAAAGCCAGUUCUAUUUCUGAUAGCUUUCGGCAUUAGCUUAGCAUGUGCACAUCAAAUCGCAGGGCUGUGUGCUGCAGGUUUUGGUCUGUCUGCCACAGCUGCUAACUACCUCAUUGUCUGUGCAGUGGGUGUUUACUUUGGUUUAGGACGCCUGAUGUUCAUCAUCACUCGUGGUAAAGUUGAGCUUCCAGGAACCGGCCUGAAGAGCAAAGCUGAGCUGAAUACAGCACAGAACCAGGGGUGCAGCGAUGCAGUGUCAGUAUGUCUGGUAAUGAACAUGCUGUCUGCUUGUGUGCUAGUCUGUCCUCUGUUAGGUGUGGUCCCACGGCUCUUUGUUGGUCACGUCCCCUGGCUGUGGACAGCUGGAGUUUUCCAAGUUGCAAUGUGUAUCCUCUUCUACCGAGCAAUGGACACACUAGCUGCCACUUUUUACGGCUUCACUGCUCUGCUGAAAUUUGCAGAAGGCUACAGUGCUCUCCUAUCAUUUUACUCAAUUGAGCCUUACUCCCCCGUUCCUUUGCCUGCUGUCUUUUCUGUGCUUUUCUUUGUCCUGGCUCUCUUCAGUUGUCAGAAGAGCAUGCUGGAGGGGCUCUACCAGUUAUUCUUUGUAGCCUUUUGUAUUGCCAUUGCAGCCCAGCCUCAAGGUUUCUUCCAAGGAGGCACGCAGGGUGUAGAGGGAGCUAUAUUUAUAAUGUCUGCUCUCAUGCUUUUAAUUACUACAUUCAAUAUGGUCUCCACUACAUUGAUUCCCACAGGGCAGGGGUAUUUCAAGGCCUUAGUAACCAGGAUACAGGGUGUUAAUCUCAGAGCCAAUGAUAAAGAGCUUAAUGACCCUUACUUGGGCUACUCCAAGUAUGCAGAUGCAGAGUUGUUAGGCCAUGCAUGUAGUGUGCUGGCUACUUUUGCUAUCACAGCCACAGUUGGUAACAAAGGUCCUCUGGCUGUGCUGAUUCUGCCCUGGGUGGUGGUGGCUGGCGGAGCACUCCAGCUACUUUGUGGUUCAGUAGCCUUUGCUCGAGGUAAAACCUUUGAGAGCACAGUUUUUAUUCUCUAUGGGAUGAUGUGGACAGUGUGGGGGCUGACUCGAUUCGGUGGCCUCUAUGGUCAAACCAGAAGCUUUGAUGUGGCUGUCGGGAUCAUUAGCUUCAUGCUGUUUAAUGGUUUAGUGACAGCUGCAGCAGUGUUUGUAAAUGUCGCUUGGUUUGCUUACUCCCUAACCUUCCAGCUCAUCCUUAUUAGCUUCCUUCUGGAUGCAGUAGGUGCACUGCCUUAUGGUUAUGACAUAGGGGUCACCAUCAUCUUUGGCCUUGUCAGUUUUUAUUGUUUCCUGGCGCACAUUUUCAACAGCACCUUCCAGUCCCCCCAGAUACCCCUGGGAAAACCUUUAAUUAAGAUGAGCGGGGUUGGGGGAGGUGCAGAUAUCUGUCCGCAUGUAUCAGCCCGCAAGGCCACAUCUGUCCAGCAGAUUGCAGAAAUCAUGAAAAAUGGCGGCAUAUGUGGAAUGCCUACUGACACUGUCUAUGUGCUGGUGGCAGCUUGCAACAGACCCGAUGCAGUUAUUAAAGCCUACAAGGUGAAGAAGCAGGCAGAGGACCGACCUAUGUCCAUGUGGAUCUCUUCUAUUAAGCAGUUGGAACCGGUGCGACACCUACUGAGUCCUCUGCUCCUGGACUUCAUGGAGGCUGCAUGGCCCUCCUCUAUUAGCAUGGUUAUACCCAGAGGACCAUGGUUGGACACAUUUGGGUUAGGAGAUGCUGCCAAACACAUAGGGACUCCACAAAGCAUUGCCAUCAGACUCCCAGACUGUACUGCGGCCACACACCUCAUUAAUCUGGUGGGGCCCAUUGCUGUAACUUCAGCCAACCCUACAGGCGAGGCAGACACAACUCAUCACAACCAAGUUUACGCCAAGCUAGGCAACAAGGUGGAUGGAGUGUUAUGUGAUGGAGCCUCCCCAGAGAAUAUUGCAUCUACCGUGGUUGACUGCACUAAGAUUGAAACAGGGCAUAUUGGUUUCUUCAGAGUGGGUCUCAUUCCGAAAUCUAAGGUUCUUCAAAUCUUCGAGGAGGUUCAGAAACGUCACAGCCAAGGGCAGGUGAACCCUGCUUUUGAGGAUGAUCUGCCUCAGACAGAUAUACAAGGACACAUAACUUCAGAAAUUGAUGACACGGCAGAGUCAGGAAGGGGAUCCGGAAACUCAACACCAUCAUUAGUUUCACCUGAACAAAGUCCAGUCCUCAGAAAUGAGUCAUAGUGUCAAUGCACUGUUUUAAAAUGCUGCCAAACAUGAGAUAAAUUCAGAUGUACACAUAUGUCCACACAUAGUUGCCACACUGUUGUUUGAAAAGACCUCAUAUACCACAGAGGACAACCCCACAAGAUUGUUCAUGUCUUGGGGUUUUAUGAUUGCCAAACAGAUGUUUUUAUAAUGUUUGUCUCUUUAUGUGAUUUUUUUUGCAAGAGCAAACUUUCUAUUUCUAUGAAAUUUGAAUGAUGCAUACAUUAUAUGUCCGCAGUCUUAUGCACUCUAAUCACUUUAAAUCUAAUGUAAUAUCUUUUGUGCAUUAUGUAAUAUAUUUUAUAUAUAUUUUGUCUGUUCAUUUGUCACUUUUAAAAUUGUAGUAUUUUAAAUACAUGUACUGUGUAUACUUUUCAUAAUAAAAUAUACCUUAAAUCAUUGCAUGACGAUAAUA